UGGAUUGAUUCUAUCACCCACCACCAAAGAGAGAGAGACGGCAGCUUUAACUUCGCGGCGCAUUCUUAGCUUUUCUCACCGAGACAUAAAUCCGAUUAUCGAAUCCUUCACUCUCCCUAAUUUUCGGGUUUGUCUCAUGUUCUCCCAUUUCACAAAAUAGUUCAUCGAUCGUUCUUCCACACUUCUCUGAGCUCGCUCCAGCUACUUCCCUGUCUUUUUAGCUCGGAAACCUGGUAAUCCGAAUGAUCCGUGCAUAUUUCCGGUGAUCAUAAUUGUACAAUCAAAUAGAAAAGAGGGAUUUGGCAUUUGAACGGGAGAGGGAGGGUACUGGUUUGCAGAGACAAUUGAACUUCUGUGAGCUUAGAGCCUCUCUCAUACUAUAUUCGUUUAUUCAACAAAUACAUCUCCAUGCCAAUGCUCUUUAGCAUUGAGCUUUGCUGGUGAGAUUGAGAAUUCUCGUGGAGGGCAUUCUGUGAAAGAAAGGGAUUCAAACUGACACUAUGGGUGCUGUUUGCUGCUGUUUGCAUGUUGAGGAUUUUGAGGAUUAUAUGAAUCCCAGCAAUUGUUUAUAUAGAAACUGCAUGUGUCUCAGUUGCUUUAUACAGAAUUUUCUACAUGUGGUCUUUUGUAUCAUAUAAGUGCGACAUUCAGUCAACACAUUUAAUUCUCUGCAGUAGCUUGUUAUGAAAUACAAUGCGCCAGAAGUAUUCCUCAUUAUUUCAAAGAGGGGAAGUGCAUUCUGUCCCUUCAUCCAUUCAGGGGGCAGCUUCUAUGACUUCUACAUCACUUGACAACUCUCUCUCUGACAUGUACCAUUCUCCUCCAAGGCCUUUACCAUAUGAUGCCGAUCCCAGAUAUUUUCGCGUGCAGCGUGAUGGUCUGGUUUCAAGACGUGAGAAGGGCUCAAGUCAUUCACAUGAAGAAUCAGAACCAUUAAGAAGUGACAAUGAUGCUGAUUCUGAGUCCUUGAGUGCAACAGACAAAUGGAAUGCAUCUGCUUGUGAAGAAGGAUCCAAAGAACAGCGUGCUAGAUCCUCACUGAAGCUCUCAUCAGCAACAAGUGUUGGGGUUGGAUACAUUUAUACAUCCACAGAAGAUGAGGAUGUCUGUCCAACAUGCCUUGAAGAAUAUACACCUGAGAAUCCCAAGAUAAUGACUAAAUGCUCUCACCAUUUCCACCUUGGUUGUAUUUAUGAAUGGAUGGAAAGAAGUGACAGCUGCCCGGUCUGUGGCAAGGUGAUGACAUUCGAGGAAACAACUUGAUCUUGCUUGUAGGUUUGGGUCGUGGAUGAACCGUCAACAACAGGGGGAAAAAGAAAACCGAAAGGAGAUCUGUAAAGUGCUUUGUGAAUAUUGCAGGUUAAAGUGUUUGUUACCUCUGGUAAACGUUGAAAAUUGUUCUGAUAACAAUCUUUGAAAAAUUCGGUUUCUUACAAAAAUGCCCUUAGAAACAUUUUUCAUGAUAUGAAUGGAAAUCUGCUUACAGUUUCGUCAAAA